AUGGAGGAUGCUCACACUACCGUCCUGAGUCUUAUCGAUGGAAAGAAAAUCUCAUUCUUUGGAGUCUUUGAUGGACACGGCGGAAGCACGGUGGCAAAGUUCGCUGGAGAAAAGCUACACACCCAGAUCGCCGAGACUGCCGAAUUCAAGGACGGCAACUUCAAAGACUCACUCAAGAGCGGCUUCCUCUCGUUCGAUCUUGCCCUGUCCAAAGAACCCGUGAUGCAGUCCGACAGCUCCGGAUGCACAUCGGUGACCAUCCUGAUCACCGAAGACAACCGCCUUUUCUGUGCCAACGCCGGUGACUCGAGAGCUGUCCUGAGUCGCGGCGGCGGUGCCAUCCCGCUGUCCCAGGACCACAAGCCCACCAACCCUGAGGAAAUCAACCGCAUCACCAUGGCCGGUGGCUUUGUUGAGUUUGGCCGCGUGAACGGCAACCUGGCUCUUUCUCGUGCUCUCGGCGACUUUGAGUUCAAGGAUGUUGCCGAUCUCCCCCCGGAACAACAAAUCGUGACCGCCAACCCCGAUAUCACCGAGCAGACUCUGGAUCAAAACGACGAGUUUGUUGUGCUGGCGUGCGAUGGUAUCUGGGACGUUCUUUCGAACCAACAGGUCGUGGACUUUGUGCGUGAGCGGCUCCUCAACCACGGCGACCUCGCCAAGGCCGCCGAGGAAUUGAUGGACCGAUGCCUGGCCAAGGACAGCGACAUGGGAGGUGUUGGCUGCGACAACAUGACCGUCAUUAUCGUCGGAACCCUGCUGGGCAGAACGCAAGAACAGUGGAUCGAAGCCAUCAAGAGCAAAGCCGGCGACCUCAUCUCGAACUAA